UCCCACCCAGAACUCAAAGUUCUUGUUUAGAUUUCCUUCGUCUGGGUUUUGCAAAGAGCUCAGCUGCUGCUCUCCCGUCCAAGAGGAAAUCCCAGCGCUGGACCAGAGAUGCCGCCUUCUGAUGCAGAUAACUUCAACCUUGAGACCAGAGUGCAGCUCUUCCAUGCUUCUGGUGAAAAGCCAAACCCACUGCUCUUGCCAAGCAAUUCAGGCAAAGUCCCCUUUGGGGCAGGGCACCAUGUGGGCUGAAACCAGCUGGGAGGGGGGUUGUUUACAAAACUCACUCCUCCAAAGCGAUAACUUCCACGCACUGCUCCUGCCAAGACUGGCCAGGGGUCGGGGACAUCCGCCAGGGGCUGGUCCCUGUAAGAGGCUUAGGAGUCUGCUACUGCCUCGGGCCUGGCCAGACUGGGGGAGGUUUAGGUUGGAUAUUAGGAAAAACUUUUUCACUAGGAGGGUGGUGAAGCCCUGGAAUGGGUUACCUAGGGAGGGGUGGAAUCUCCUUCCUUAGAGGUUUUCAAGGUCAGGCUUGACAAAGCCCUGGCUGGGAUGAUUUAGUUGGGGUUGGUCCUGCUUUGAGCAGGGAGUUGGACUAGGUGACCUCCUGAGGUCCCUUCCGACCCUGAGAGUCUGUGGCUCUGGAGCAUUGGGGUGGAGGCUGCUUCGCGGCCCAGUGCUGCCUGUGCAUUUCCUGGCCGGGACCGGCAGUGGGGUUUGAACAGCUGUCCAUCUCCGGUGCUUGGGCGGCCGUGCCCCUGGCCAGGGGAAGUGUGUAACCCUUGGGAACCCAGCAUGGUCCUUUGUUCCCCCUCAGGUGUGCAAGAUGCUGCUGCCUUGGAGUGACCAGAGCCCAGGUGCCAAAAGCUUAUGCACAUACAUCCCCAAAUUGCUGGUUCAGUCCCUGGCAGUGACCCAUCAUAAGUGCUUAAGAAGGUGUUUUUAUAGGGUCGCUCUCCUGACGGUAAACAUACACUGGCCGUUAGCUGGAAGCUGCGGUGGUGGAACAGCCAAACCCCUGUUGCCCCUGGUAACCUCUCAGCACAGCUGCUGUUCCCAGGGGUUUGCUUGCUGGCUCUUCCUGCUCCCCAGGUCCCUGCAGCUUGGAGCUCUGCCUGUGUGGAGGGGAGCUCAUCUGACACUCCUCGAAUUACCUGCGCUCCGGGGAUCAGAUUCCCUGGGCUGAGAGCUGGGGCGAUCUAUAAUUCAGCAGGGGCAGCUGCCAUUGUGGCCCUGAAAGCAGGGCAACAGGAUGCUGCGGAGAUCAGGCCGGCGAAGCAAGAAGGCAGGCGAGGAAGAGGAGGAGAAGCCCAUGGAGAAUGGGGUGUCCCCGGAGCAGGGGGCCACGGAGGCCCCGCCUGAAGUGGGGAAACCUGGGGAUGGUGCCCCCGCUGCCUUCUCGCAGCCAUCCCCGUGGGUCCGGCCCAGGCUGGUCUUCCACACGCAGCUGGCCCACGGCAGCCCCACGGGCAAGAUCGAGGGCUUCACCAAUGUGAAGGAGUUGUAUGCCAAAAUCGCCGAGGUCUUCGACAUCUCCCCCACUGAGAUCCUCUUCUGCACCCUCAACACCCACAAGGUGGACAUGCAGAAGCUGCUGGGGGGCCAGAUCGGCCUGGAGGAUUUCAUCUUCGCACAUGUGCGGGGCGAGACCAAGGAGGUGGAAGUGACCAAGACGGAGGAUGCACUGGGGCUGACCAUCACUGACAACGGGGCGGGCUAUGCUUUCAUCAAGAGGAUCAAGGACGGGAGCGUCAUGAACUGCGUCCAGACUGUGUGCGUGGGCGACAGCAUCGAGGCCAUCAACGACCAGAGCAUCGUGGGCUGCCGCCACUAUGAUGUUGCCAAGAUGCUGCGGGAGCUGCCCAGGGCCCAGCCCUUCACCCUGCGGCUGGUGCAGCCCAAAAGGGCCUUUGAUAUGAUUGGGCAGAGGACCAAGAGCAGCAAGUGCCCAGGCGAGGGCAAGGUGGCCAGUGGCAAGGAGACCCUGCGGCUGCGUGCCCGGGGCACCGCCAGCCUGGAGGAUGUGCCCAGCGCCUGGGAGAAGGAGGCUGCCCGGAGGGUGGACGACCUGCUGGAGAGCUACAUGGGCAUCCGGGACGUGGAGCUGGCCUCAACCAUGGUGGAGGUGGCCCGGGAGUGCCUGAGCCCCGCAGAGUUUGCCAAGAGCCUGGACUCGGUGCUGGGCGAGUUCGCGUUCCCGGGCGAGUUCGUGGCCGAGGUCUGGGCCGCCAUCCGUGGAGCCCAAGGGGGCAGGAAAUAGGGGAGGGGGCAGAGCACUUGGCCUGUGACGUCUGCCCCCUGGCCACGGGCUCCCUC